AUCUUCUCUUCUACUUGCUUUCCAAUGCUUUCGCUAAUGCUCAAUCGAUGCUUCAAUGUCUCGACCAACGCACUGGGUAUGGGCUCGGUGGCUUGAUCCAACACGCCCCAUGCCUGGGGUGGCUCGAGAGACUUCCCUCGAUCAGAUCUGCCUCUACGCGUCGAUGUCGAGUUCGGCGCGGGCCCUCGGAGUCGUCAACCACACGACUCUCCUCAGCACCUCAAUCCAGGCGAGUCGCAAUCCCAGCAACCCCUUUGUCACAUCUCAUCUUCCAAUGCCAAACCAACCAACCCUAAAACAUCGCCGACUGCCUCUUCAAAAUCUGCUUCACCCGCGCAGUCGAAUCGCGCUUCUCCAUCCACCCUCCCCCCGCCGCCGAGUCGUAGCCCGCCGGGCCCGCCUUGAGCGUAAUCGGCGCCGUGCCCCGCGGCAGCGAGGUGGCGGAGUAGACGUACUCGCCGUCGACGUAUUGCGCGCCGGAGACGUAGCCGCUGCGCUUCGUCCGCUUGGUGUAUUUCUGCUCGAGUUUGUAGAGUUCGAGUUUGUCGCGGAGGUGGGCGAGGAGGCCCAUUUUUGAGGGUGGGAGUUGAGGAUUUUGGGAUGGGCUCGGGGUGUAGUGGAUGACCGCUCGCUCGCAAGGCUAUGCGUAUGAAUACUGCGCUGAAUUGGUUUCCUCAAGGUAAAUCACGGCGAAGGCAUGUCGAAUGGACUCAUUUUGUGCAAAAGACGUGGACCGCGUCCGCUAUAAGAGCUCACCGGCCCUCGGCCGCUCU